UCUUACAAUUGCAUUCAUAACGAGCUUGGACAUCAGAAACAGCACGUGCCCUGAAACAGGAUUAUUACCGCAAUUUAAUACCAAUAAAAGAAACAAUGGCUGCCCACAAGAUCAUAAUUGCCCUAGCGCUCAUCAUUGCCUUAUCAGGAGCGCAGAGACCAUUCUACGCUGGUCUUCGUCCCAUCGGAUACCCAGAAGUAGAAUCAAACAGUCUUAACAACCGUUUUGGAGAGGACUCCGGGGCUCCAAUAGAAGCUAGAGGAGAUGGUAAUCUAAUCAACAGACUGAACCAACUGCCUGAAGACCGCAGACCCUUCUGGUUCUUAAACUCAAAGCAAUACGACGAUCUAAGGAAGAACCCUCAAACAUACCCUGUAAGGCCAAGCGGGUUUGUUAGCGGUCGUUGAUUGAAGAAGAAUUUUCAGAAGUUGGCUGUGAUAGUGUGUUCCAGUAUUGUUAGGUUAAGUUCUAGUGCCAUAUUGUUAAUGUGUACUUCAUUAUUGAGUUUGCAAGUUGUUGUAAUUGUAUUUUGAAAUAAAUGUUAUAUUGUUAAAUGCA